GUGGUGAUGAAGCAGCCCGGAAGCAGGAAGCCCAAUAGCUUUGAGGUAGUGAAACGUAAAGUUAAGGUUGACCCACUUGUUCUCGAGAUGUACAUUUGUAAACCACAGCCUUCUCGGGAAACUUACUUUGACCUCUGACUUUACCUUUUACGAACGGGCCCUAGCACCCAGUUAGCUGGUUAGAUAAUGUUGACGAAAUUGUGUAAAGUUUAGAAGGCAAAAGCUGUCCAGCGGCCUCGGGAGCUAUCACCGCGACUCGGACACCUUGGGAGCAGCAGCAGCAAUUUAGUCACCCCGGCCGCUCCGUCACAAUUCUUUAUUAGGACACCUUGGAGCGCGUUAAUGCAACAGCUACGUCUCUCACUCUUGGGCCGCUGACCCGGCAACCAAGGAUGUCGUCGGCUAUCGCCUGCUGCGAAGCUGGCCCUGGCGAGAGAUUGCCUAGACACUGUAGCUUUUCUGCUUCUAUACUCCAAAACAAUCUUUUAGGGUUAGCAGAUGCUUGGGAGGACCUUGGCGACAAUGGGCAUCGGCAGCAGCAUCCAGAAUGCCGUGCAAGCAACUACAGCGUGCCGUUCUGCUCCAAGAGCACGAGCAGCAACAGCAGCAGCAUGGCGUGUACAACGUGCUGUCAUGCUUCAAAUGUGCACAAGGUGCCCAACGCUCGGCUAACCGCUGCGCGACUUGGGCCGUGUGAGGGAGCAACCCUUACAAAUGUCGGCCAUGUAGCCCUCCCAAACCAUAACGACAGCGACGGAUUGUCGCACAGCAGCAGCAGUAGUCACCUCCAAGGCAAGCCACCAUCUCAGCCACAGUCGAAGCAGCAACGUAGCUCCAAGCAGCCUCCAUCCCCAAGCACUUCCGCCUCUCCACAACGCCCGCCUCCACACCUCCCCUCCCCCAGUACCACCACCACGCUCCUCACCCUCCUCACCACCCUCCUCCUCCAAGCCUCCAUCCCAUCCUUUUGUACGGCACAAACCUACUCCGCCUCCGUCGACAUGUACAGCACUCCAUUCCGCUUCAACAUCACCGCACACUGUCCCGUACUGCUGUACAGCAUCCUGCUACAGCUGCCGUACAGGCCUUCACGCCUCACAUGUGACGUACUUGCCGACGGGGCGCAGCUCAGUGCGACCAUGCAAUACCCCCAGGCGGCAGGCCUGCAGGACCUGAUGAGUCGGUUGGAUAACGGAACCAACUGGCAGCGGGCUGAGUCAUUGCUACAGCCGUCCUGCGGUUGGGGUGCCGCAGUGGUAGUCACGGCGGGGGCAGACGCAGCAGCAGCUGGCAGCAGCGGCAGCGUUGUGCCGCCGAGUGAGAUCUACGUGUGUACGGCACUCGGAUCCUUCACGCCCAACUCGCCAGUUGGCCAACUACCCGACAAAGCCUGUACGGCAGAGGUACGACAGCCACAAGGCGUCUGUCCCUCCCCGCCGCCGUCUCCACCGUCACCGCCGCCCCGGCCUCCGUCACCGCCGCCGCCAUCACCUCGGCCUCCGUCACCGCUGCCGCCGCCGCCACCCUCACCUAGCCCGCCGCCAUCACCCAGCCCGCCCCCACCUCCCUCCCCACCUCCUCCUGCACCCCCUCCCCGUCCGCCUGCUCCUCCCUCUCCCUCUCCACCACCUCCGAAACCCGCCCAGCUGCAGCUAACGGUGUACCUGCCCGCUUGGACCUCCGCCGCUGACCUGGCCGACGCCGGAGUGGACUGUGGCUCGUUGAUGACGGCAUUUGAGGCGGUUAGCAGUUUCGUGACCGUUGGGGGUAACGGCCUUCUGGACGGCCCAGGCAGCUGCGGAGUGCUGCCGGCGGGCAGCAGCGGCUCGGCAUUCUGGAUCCAGGCCACCGCCUACUCGCAACCCACCGCCGCCACCAUCGCCUCCGCCCUAACCGUGUCUCCCAUCCUCCUCACCACCGUCGCGGGGCUGCCGUGCGGCUGCUCCCUCAGCGUAUCGUACGACAGCUCUACGGCAACCCGCGUCGCCUGCCCGUACGACGCCGCCGCCACGCUGACGGCGACGUCAGAUGUGUCGUACGUGUACGACAAAGACCUCUGCUGCCCCAGCCCGCCGCCCCCGCCGUCACCCUUGCCGCCGCCUCCCAGUCCCCGCCCGCCCAGCCCGUCGCCGCCGCCAUCGCCGUCACCUCCACCGCCGCCGCGGCCUAGCCCGCCGCCGCCACCCUCGCCGUCACCUCCACCGCCGCCACGGCCUAGACCGCCGCCGCCAUCCUCACCGCCGCCGGUACCCCGCCCGCCGCCGCCGCCAGGGUUGCCGCCGCCGCCAAGCCGCCCCCCCGUGUCGCCCUCUCCGCCGCCGCCGCCGCUCCAGCCACCCACGUCUCCUUCACCGCCUCCGCCGCCACCUCCACCCCGCAGUCCCCCGCCGCCGCCGCCCCCCAGAUCCCCGUCACCACCUCCUCCCAGCCCUUCUCCACUGCCACCACUUGCCCCGCUGCCUCCCAACCCGCCGCCACCGAAUCGCCCGCCGUCACCACCGCCGCCGCUAAGUCCCCAGCCCCCCAGCCCGUCGCCACCCCCGCCGACGCCAAGCCCGCCGCCGCCGCCUACUCCGCUACGACCACCUCUCUCACCUCCACCCCGUCCGCCGCCGCCGCCACCCUCGCCGCCUCCCAACAAGCCGCCCAGCAGCCCUUCCCUUGCCGACACAACCACCGCUCCCCCGCUGAAACGAAACCCCCGCCCGCCGCCGCCGUCACCACCCUCUCCUAUACCGCCGUCACCGCGGCCCCCUCCACCCCUGCCACCCUCUCCGGCUCCCUCCCUGCCGCCGGCGCCGCCUCCAAAGAAGAAGCGGCCCCCGCCGCCGCUGCCGCCGUCAAGCCCCAGGCCGCCCAGCCCUAGGCCGCCCGUACCGCCGCCGCGCAAGAAGAAGAGCCCUCCGCCCCAGGCCUAGCGCACGGAGCUGUGUGUUUUGAGGGCAAGUACAUAAGAGGUGCCGUACCCGGGCCGUACGUAAGAUACGAGAGGGGCUGAACUUGUGUAAGUGUGGGUCGCUUGGAGCGUGAUGCAGCAAUGGCGUCGAGGGGGCAUGUGUUUAUAGGACCAUGCAGAAGCAUGUAAUGUGACCGCCGGUGGACGAGGAACGCGGAGCAGGUACAAAGCUCUAGUACUGUGGUGGGUCAGUGGCUGUCUAUCCCACGAUGUAGGUCCACUGCUUUGCGUUUGCUUUGUGUGCAACAAGUGCUGCCAUCGUGUGUCUGCGUUUGCACAAUGUGACUACCGGAAUGCCGCCAGAUGGAAUGGGAACAAACGCCGACCCAGAGGGAUCCUAGUGCCCAGAGGCCCAUUGCAGCCACACUGCUGCUAAGGCUGUUGUUGAGUUGUUAUUGUCACAAACUUUGGCGCGGCGUGUCUUGGGCUGGACUUAACGUCCCGGACAGCCGGGCGCCUGUUUAAUGUUGCAAUCACCGGUGGGGAGUCGCGUCCGCCAGUCAUGGGCUCAUGGCAGUUGGUUUGGGACCUGGGGUUUUGCAGGCCAGAGCACAGGAGUGCUGGUCCGGCCUGCUGCUUUGAGAGUUGCAUCCUGGUAAACUGAGAUUGUUCAACUGGAGUCGUGGGCUUAUAUCCAGUCGGCACUCGGUGCAGGUGGGCGGGAAGGAUGCGGCACACAGCUUUCGUGAUUGCCUGCUUGGCCCAGCUGGGUACCGGUAUGGGAACACAGCUGUAAUUAGAAUGAACG